CCACAUGAAAGACGAACCGGGUAAUAUCUUAGAUUCAUAAUCACGAACAGCGGUCGUGAUUAGCUAUAGCUACUUUCUGCAAAGAGUUGGACACCCGUCGGAACCCCACUCUUUCAGUAGCGGAGAGCCGGUGGGAUUCCGAUAUAUCGGACACCCCCCCCACCCCCCCGGUACGUCUCCGCAAUUGUACAGAGUAAACAAAGUCAUCUAUUAGUUGUUCUUCCAUCGAUGGGAAGCAGAGUGGAUAUCGCAGUGCUCUCUUAGCUACUUGUUAAACAAUCAUGGCACAGUUCAAGGUCAUUGUCGUGGGAGGUGGACUGGCUGGUGCCCUGUUGGCAAACGGACUGCAGAACAACGACGUGGACGUGGUGGUGUAUGAACGGGAUGGGAGAGAUGUGGAAAGAGAAGGGUAUCAGAUUCGGUUGGGUGAGUCUGCUAUGCAUGGAUUUCGCGCUUGCCUAAAAGAUCAGGAUAUUGCAGCAAUCUCGAAGAGUUUCGGUCAGUCCUCGGUCUCCGGCUCGACGGCACCAACGAUCAUGAAUUCUCGCUGCGAAGAGAUCCUCGACUUGACAGCUAUCCCCUCGUAUGCGAAGUCUUUUGCCAUCAGUCGAGUUGUACUUCAUGAUAUCCUAACUGAGCCCCUUAAGUCGAACGGGCUCGUGAGGUAUGGCAACACUUUCUCUCGGUACGAAAUCAUCCACGACACAAACGGAAACGAGAGAGUACGCGCUUAUUUCUCGGAUUCUUCCUUCGAUGACUGCGACAUUCUGAUUGGUGCCGAUGGAAGUCGUUCUCAAGUGAACAGAGAAGUUGGACUGCGAAACAUUGUCUCGAUCAACACUCACUGGGCGUUUCUUGCGAAAGGAAGCCUUACACUGGAUCAGGUGUACGAACUCCCUAGUCAGUUGCGUCGGGGACCGAUCAUCGUUUUUUCAAAGGGCGCUACGUUAUACUAUUCUUUAUAUCUCCCAUCCCCACGAGCCGAAGAUGUUGAUAGUUCACGUCGUGAUGAGAGAAAAGCGUUCUUCUUCUGGGUUUUGAGCAUUCCAAGGAGCUACUCUCACUACAAAAGUGUAGCUGAGAUCCCCGACAAAUUCGAAUUUUGCUUGAAUUUCAUUCAGGACUGGGACCCGAGAUUUGCACAGUUACUGUUGACAGCGGCCAAGGACGAUGGUACCGCGGAUAUAUUUGUAUCACCAUUACGAGCUAGUAGCAAGCCCUCACCGCGCUGGCGUAACAUGCUGGAGAAAGCCGCAGAACCAUCUCGAGGACAUCCCAGAGUUUGGUUGAUCGGGGAUGCCAUCCACGCGAUGCAGGCCAAUCGCGGCCAAGGAGCAAACCAAGCUCUGCAUGACUGUGCCGAAAUCCUCCCCGAACUAUUAUCAUUGCAUCAAGAAGCAAUGACCGGCGUACCACCUUCGACGGAUCAGGUUCGCAAGGCUUGUGCUCGCUAUGAAGAUCAGAUGGCCGAGCGCGCUUUUACUUGGGUAAGGAAAAGCGGAGGCACCUCGAUCGCCACUCUCGACCUGGAUGGCUUCGUGGGUAAGUUUGUGUACUAUGUCGGUAGGAUUGUGAUACCGAUUUGGUCCUUUUUAUACAACCUUUUUCGUAACCCUCGGCCCGAAAAGCCAUGGUGAUUGGAUAGCCAAUAGAGAUGACGGCGCAACGGACAUCGGGCAUAUAUACCUACCGUGUAAUUCGUUAUAGGCCAAGGCAGAUUAGGAAUGGGCAUUAGGUCCCGAUGUCGAGAACGCGGGGACUGAGCUCGGACAUUCUGCUGCGAUACCCCUGGUGUAACUAAUUGGCAGGGACGAAAUAGUGCAUCUAGGUUUUGAUCUUUGAAGCUUUACCGAGGUGACGAUAACACGCGCGGGUAUAUUACUGAUGUUUAGUUCGAAUAGAAUCAUAAUGCAGCGAAUCGAGACCCCUACAUUGGCAUAGACCUAGAGAUUAGCCAG